AUGUCAUCUCAUGAAAAGAAUGUCACGUGUGUGGAGGUGGACGAGUGUUCUGUGUUCCGGCCGUGUUCUCAGCUGUGUGAGAACACUGAUUCUGGCUUCAAGUGUUCCUGUGUGGAUGGUUACUGGCUCAGACCUGACAACAACACCUGUAAGGCUGAAGGUCCCCUGCCACGACUCAUCUUCGCAAACCGUGGCGACAUCCGUGAUAUCAACAUUGAUGGGAGAGCGUAUACCAGCGUGGCCAAGGGACUACAAAAUGCAAUAGCCAUCGACUACCAUUACUACCAUUCACUCAUCUUCUGGACGGAUGUCAGCUUGGACGCUAUUAUGAGAGCUUACCUCAACGGCUCCGGAGAAAGAGCCAUCGUGAGGUGGGGACUGCGGAAGCCCAGUGGAAUUGCAGUGGACUGGGUGAACGAUCACGUGUACUGGCUGGACAGUGUCACGCGCAGGAUAGAAGUGUCUCACCUUGACGGGUCGUGUCGUAGGCCGCUUGUCUGGACCAACCUGCAGAAGCCAAGAGCUCUUCUCCUACACCCGGCCAGAGACCUCCUGGUCUGGACCGACUGGGGUAACCAUGCCUCAAUCCAUGCUAGAAAAUUUACUCCAUACCAUGCUGCCACUUUUCUAAGAGUCUUUCUUCUGGAGGGACUGCCUCACCCCUACGCCAUCACCGUCUUCGAGGAUUAUCUCUAUUGGACAGACUGGCACACCCGUUCCAUCCACACGGCCAACAAGAGAACAGGGAAAGGUCACACAGAGAUCCACAAGAAGCUUGCCUUUCCAAUGGAUAUCCACAGCUUACACAGGGAGAGGCAGCCACUGCCGCUGGUGUCAGAGCGUCGUGGCUGUAGUCUCAAGAACGGUGGGUGUUCUCACCUGUGUUUACCUAGCCACCACACCUUCGCUUGUUACUGCCCUCACGGCUUGCUUCUCCUCGACGAUGAAAGAACGUGCAGUGAGCGGCCAGAUCGCGCCCUGGUAUUUGCUCAGAGGAACAACCUGCGGAUGAUCUCGCUGGACGGGACGCUGGAAGGAAGCACUUCGGCAGAUGUGGAAAGCAUGGACCAGCCCAGGAUGGACACGGUGGUACCUGUCGACGGCGUCAAAUCAGCAGUAGCCCUCGAUUUCUACACUGAAGAUGACCUGGUCUACUGGACAGACAUAGGUUUUAAGAGUAUUAACCGGGCGCACCUCAAUGGAUCAGGACAGACCAUAGUGGUCAGAAACAAUCUAGAGCUGCCUGGAGGAGUGGCGGUAGACUGGGUGACCAAGAAGCUUUACUGGACUGAUGCUGGCACCAAGCGUAUCGAAGUCUCCAACCUGGACGGCACCAUGCGCUCACUUCUCAUUUGGCAAGGACUUGACAAGCCCAGGGACAUUGUAGUUGACCCCCAGGGUGAGUAUAAGGUGUAG